AUGAAGGCUGGCCCGCACACGAACGCAUUAACGCUGAAUGGCAGGAUGGGCAUUGCUCUGGUUCUGCUUCCGGAGUCCAUACGAAGUGAUUCGGCCGUGGCCCCUGGUGUGGGGGAUGUUCCCUUCGUCGCCUUGAGCCUGCUUCUCUUCAUCUUCCCAUCCAUGCUAGUUUUGCAACACGGUCGCCGCUUAAGUCCGUGGGAGUACUUGCAUCCAGAUGUUGACAGGCCUUACGAGAUCGUAUCUGAGCCAAAGCAUCAAGCCAAACAUGCAGUUCAUUCCUUGUCGGUUGUGGUUACUGAAUCCUUGGAGACAGCGCCGCAUACAGCGUUAGGCCGGGCAUCGCCAGGGCUUGGUAGUUCUCAGCUUUUGUCCUUCAACUCUGUCAAUGCGGAUUCUUCAGGGUCGGGGGUGUCUGAUGUCCUGGUCUGGGCGGGCCUCCUGCGACUGCAGGCCCUGUUCAGGCGAACCGAUGUAAUGGUUGUUUCUCCUGCUGAUGUCAUAGCUUGCCUGCCGGUUGGUGCCAAGCGAACAGGGCUCUCUACAACCAUGUUGUGGCCGGAAGUGGCUGCCGGCGCUUUGCUUCCGCUUUGCGUUGACUCGCAUUGGUCACUGCUUGUGCUUGUUCGCACCGAGGUCGGGUAUUGCCGUGCAGUGCUGUUGGAUGGAGUGCAUGGAAGAAACACCAUUCAGGCCCAGGAGCUCGCCACUUUUAUCGCAGGCCUGCAUGGUCUGGUGAUGCAAGAUCUGAGUGAGACCCAGCUUUGGAGCCAGAUUGAUUGCUUGAGUUGCGGCACGCUUCUUCUUGCCCAUGCUGUCGCCAUUCUCUCGGGAGACCUCACCGCUCACCCUGUUUUCCUGGAGGAUGCCUUCAGGUUUGUGAAAGGUUUCCCAGCGCACCAGGGCAAGAUUUUCGGGAAUGGCGGUCUCAACGAGGCACAAGAUUCCGAGUUGAAAGGCCUUCUUGUUGAACAUGGGGUUCCUGAGGCUGCUGUCGCGCAGCGGAUUCAAGAUGCCAUAAAAGUGCUUGGACCAGGCCCCAUCUCGACGGCACUGGUGACGAAGAACAGCUGGCAAGCGCUUAAGGCAAUCGCUUCCAAGCCUUCGAGCAUGUUUCGUUGGGUCAAAUCGGACGAACUAGGUCAACACAUUGAGCACAAGGCUGCACAGCGAUUUGGAGUUAGCAUCCCGAGAGCCAAAGGCAAGAAGCAAGCUAAACGCGCAGGUCAGCCGACCUUAGCUCCAAUGAAUAUUGACCCGUUGCAACUUCAGGUGACUCAGGGCAGUUUCACUACUUCCAGUGGUGAUCCCUUGUGCCAGCUUGCAUUGUCGGAUGUGGUCAGCCAGGCGAGUGGCGUUUGUUUUUGUUCGGUUCAACAGGCGUCGCAUUUCUUGACACACUACGAGACAAUAAGUACUGAGGCUCUCUGCUUAAUCACAACAGCUGAGCUUCCUGCCGAGAUGUGUGGGACAGCGCCCGUGUCAAAUCUGCGUUUUCCGGCCUUGUAUUUGCCUACGCAGGAAGCCGUCCUUGUUCGGGGAUCCAUGAUCCAGCUUGGUGAUGAAGUUGGGCAACUUGCACAAGAAAGCAUGGAUGAUGUCGAGCAAGUCGAUACUGCAGUCUGCAAAAUCCAGGUCUUCCGGGAUGAGCUCGCAAUCCCUUGGGCCAGUUUUACCGAGGCACCUUUGCGCCAGUUGUUGCAGCUUGUUCCAGCGCUGACCAUGUGUCGUGAGCCCAAAUGCCUUGGGGACUGCGGACGUUUCCACGCUGCUGUGGAUGAGCCGGUCGAGCAGUUGAUCCUUGACGUGUGGGCUCGCCAAUUCAUCAAGGUUGAGGGUGGAAGGGAAAAGCCAGAUCAAGCAUCCGCAUUUGUUGCAUUCCUCCGUGUGCCUGCCUCUGCUGUGUCGCACUUGCAUAAGAUAAGUUGUGCAGGAUUGUACGUCGAACCUCGGGCCCCAAACGGUUCAGGGCCGGACCCUUCUUUCUCAGUCAUCUGGCUGCCAGGUUCAGACUCUGAGGCAGCUCGCCAUUUCAUGCGGACAUGUCCCAAGGUUGUUGCCCUCUGUCGAUUGGGAUCCAGGUACGGAGCGCGUGUUCGUGAGUGCGAUGAAGAGGGAGUUUUCAGGGCUCUACGUCCAAACCAGGAGUACAUUAAAGUGAGAGUGACUAGCAAGUUCCGCGUUCACCCGUUGCCGCAUGGGAUGCAGCGUCAAAGUGUGGUUCAGCUGUUGCGCAAAUGGGGGUGGAUUGCCAAACCCUUACAGCCUUGUAAGGGAGAUGCAGCAGGCGGUGCUUGGGAGGUUGGCUCCAGCAGCGACCCUCCGGCCUUGGCAAUGCCCUUAGGAGACCAACAUGUACUCAUCACCAAAUUGCGUGGUCCAGCCACUUCUGACGCCGCAACCCCGUCUGUCUACGCCACGAGGAGGACCAAGCAGCACAUCCUUUAUGACGACGGUUCUAGCCCUGAAGGUUCUCGAGAUCCUUGGUCAGAUGGCAGUGACCCUUGGUCACGUGCCAAGCUCAAGGCUCCCCCUGGUCUCCCACCGCCGUCGAUACCACCUGUAGCACCCGCGCCCACCAAGUUGGCCAAGCUGGAGACAGACAUGAAAGACAGUCUCGAGCAGUUUGUACGCGAGCAGGUCGCUGCCCGGAGCUCUUCGAUCACUUCUGAUGCCCAGGAGGCCCGUCUAACCCAACUUGAGUCCAGCAUGCAAGAGCUCAAGGCCCAAAACGACAAGUUUGAGGGGUGGUUCCAAACAUUCGGAACCAAGGUGCAGCAGCAGGCCGAUCAAGUCUCUGAGGUUCAACAGGCUGUCCAUACGCAAGGUGCUGAGCUCCAGCAGGUUCGACAGGAGAUGGGUGCACAGUCUGCAGUCAUCCAGGCGAGUGUUCAACAAGCAGUUACUUCAAUGCAGACGGAGCUUACUGCGCAACUUUCUGCACAACUAGCGGGGCAGCUCGAGCAGAUCCAAGGGCUCCUAGGGAGCAAAAAACCCCGAACGGAGUGA